AUGACCGCAAAAGUGAUUUUUCGGCAGCUUUUUGAAAAAGAGAGUUCGACUUUUUCCUACCUACUCGGCUGCAAACGAACGAGAAAGGCGAUUUUGAUCGAUCCGGUGGACAUAACCGCCGCCCGCGAUGCGGAAAUCAUCAGAGAUUUGAACCUGAACCUUGCCUACGCGAUCAACACUCAUGUGCACGCAGACCACAUCACAGGCACUCACAAUCUUCGAGCCCACUUUCCAGAGGUCAAGACGGGACUUGGAUCCGGCGCGAAAAUCGCCAAAUCGGACGAGAAAUUUCCGCAUUUGCAUAUUCUCACUGUCGGAGAUAUUUCGCUGGAAGUCAGGCACACACCUGGGCACACAAAUGGUUGCGUAACUUAUGUCGAGCACAAAAUGGGCUUAGUUUUCACAGGCGAUGCUGUACUUAUUCGGGGUUGUGGAAGAACUGACUUUCAAGAAGGAUCCGCAGCAACCCUGUACAAAUCUGUAAUGGAGCAAAUUUGGACUCUUCCUGAUCACUUUAUGAUUUAUCCUGCCCACGACUACAAAGGCCGAACAGUUUCAUCCGUCGACGAAGAAAAACGACUCAACCCCCGAUUGACGAAGAAAAAAGACGAAUUUAUCCAAAUCAUGAACAACUUGAACCUUCCUUAUCCAAAGAAAAUCGACCUUGCCCUCCCCUGGAAUAUUAACUGUGGAGCAGAACCGCUCGAAAAAUAA